CAUCAUUUGAUCACUUCUCCAAAUACCAAAUAUGAAGUUUCACAUUCUUCCCAUUGUUACUUUUCUCAUGGUUGUUAUGGCAACUAAUGCUGCAUUACCUCCUGAAUUUUACUGGAAGUCCAUGCUUCCCACCACACCAAUGCCGAAAGCCAUCACUGAUUUGCUACACCCUGGUUGGAGAGAAGAGAAAGACGCCUCUGUAGGUGUAGGGAACGGUAGUGUAAAUGUUGGUGUAGAAAAGGGAAACCAAGGACAAGGAGGUGGCACUGAUGUUAAUGUUGGUGGAGGAAACGGUGGAGUGAAUGUGCACACAGGCCCAAAGGGAAAGCCCGUGCAUGUUGGAGUGGGCCCACACUCUCCAUUUGAUUACAAUUAUGCAGCCAGCGAUAACCAAUUACGUGAUCACCCCAAUGUGGCACUCUUCUUCUUGGAAAAGGACUUGCAUCAUGGAACAAAAUUUAACUUACACUUCACUCACACCUUAAACGUUGAUGCCACAUUCUUGCCUCGCAAAAUUGCUGACUCCAUACCCUUUUCAUCAAACAAGGUCAGUGACAUACUCAACAAGUUCUCCAUCACGCCAGGCUCAGAUGAGGCUCAAACUGUUAAGAACACAGUGAGUGAGUGUGAAGAGCGUGGCAUCAAAGGAGAGGAGAAGCGUUGCGUGACUUCACUCGAGUCCAUGGUUGAUUUCGCCACUUCCAAGCUCGGGAACAGUGUUGAUGCUUUUUCCACGGAAGUGAGAAAAGAGAGCGAGUUUCAAGAAGAAUACAGAAUAGCAGGAUCAGGGGUUAAGAAGUUGGGUGGGGAGAAGGGUGUUGUGUGCCACAAAGAGAGUUACCCUUAUGCGGUGUUCUAUUGUCACAAAUCAGAUAGCACCAAAGUUUAUUCUGUUCCGUUGGAGGGUGCUGAUGGAAGCAGAGUCAAAGCGGUUGCAGUGUGUCACACUAACACGUCACCUUGGAAUCCCAAACAUUUGGCUUUCAAAGUGCUUAAGGUUCAACCAGGGGCUGUUCCUGUUUGCCACUUUCUACCUCGGGAUCAUGUUGUCUUUGUUCCCAAGUAGAAACGCAAAGCCCUAUUUGUGAUGUUGAAUAAUUAGGCAGUUUUUAUAGCAAUAAGUGAGUUAUAACUCUGAAUCGUAGUAUUUGCAUUAUGUUAACCAACAUUGUCAGCAUGUUAGUUUUUACAGUUGUACGCAUGUUAUAUUUGCUAGUAAUGUAUUACGUAUGCUAAUAUGUGCUAUGAUGAAGCUUUUUCAUUCUCGUGUGUCUACGGACUUCGAGUUGUUUGUAAUUUGCUAAUCAUUGUUUAUUCCACUGUUUUUACAUAUUUUUAUUAGAAAAAUAAAAAUAGAUACAGCAUGUGUUGGAAUGAGUA